AUGACGGUUGAUUUUCCAUUUGGUGAGAAAAUCAAAUCAAACCCUGUUCGAAAAUCUUUGGGAAGCUUUCUAUUUCGAUCAUUCUUGAAAAUUCUAUUCAUUACAGUUUGGAUUUAUUUGAUAUUUCAAUUUGCAUUACAUAUGAGAUUACGUCAGGAAAAUAUAGAAAAGAAAAUCGACAAUUCUUUAAUAUAUGAUGCAACGAGAAUAAUUGAAAAAAAAGAAAUUUCAAAUAAAUCGAAAUUUGAAAACAAAGACGAAAAAAAGAAAUGCAGCAAAAUAACACAUCCCAAAGAUCUUGAUCUUGAUCAUAAUAACAUCUAUUGGCAACGUUUUAUAUCAUCGAAUGGAACAUAUUAUUUAUAUCAUGCUUUUUAUGAUAAUCGUAUAGUAGUUGGUUCUUCUCCAUUAAUACGAAUUCUUUCCAUGAUUGAUCGUAUAUCACCUAUUCCAAUCUAUUGUUUAAUUUGGCUUAACAAUACUUCAAAUCCAAUCAUAACAUCAGCAACCUAUCAAUAUAUUUGGCAUCCAAAAUGGGGAAAUUAUCGUGAUGAAAUUCUUCAGCCAUUUCUCAUUAGUUGUCCAAUUCCUAAAGAAAAAUAUGCCACGCGAAAAGAACGUCUUCCACGAUCAGUUACAUUAUUCGAAACAAAUUGUACAAAACUAGGAAAUAACCUUCCAAUUCGUAAUAAUCGUCCAUUGAAUGGAAAAAAGCAAUCUUUUGCUGUUUGUGUGAAAGGAUUAGACUUUCGUUCGAAAGAUAUCAGUGUCAAACUGAUUGAAUGGAUUGAAUUAUUAAGUCUUUUAGGUGCAGAGAAAAUCUUUUUCUAUGAAUUUGAUAUUCAUCCAAAUAUCAGUCAAGUACUUGAAUAUUAUCAACAACAAGACAAAGUUCAUGUUGAAAAAUUAACUUUACCUAGUUCGCAACCGAAUUCACCUGAAAUUCGAGAAAAAUAUUUAAAGGAAAAAAUGCUUAAUCGACGUCAAAAUGAAGUUAUUCCUUAUAAUGAUUGUUUUUAUAAAAAUAUUUAUUUCUAUCAUUAUAUUCUUUUACUUGAUAUUGAUGAAGUUAUUAUGCCAUUACAACAUCGAACUUGGUUAGAAAUGAUCCAGGAAAUCCAAAGGAAUUGGUUAAAGAAAAAUGAAACUUAUACAUCAUUUAGUGCACGACAUGUUUAUUUUUUAGAUCUCGAAGGAGAGAAUAGUACUGAGAUUGACCAAUUCAAUGAACAAUUGAAUAUUCCACCCUAUUUACAUAUGUUAACACAUAUUUAUCGAUCAUCUCAUUAUACGAAAUCAGGAGCCUAUGUGAAAACAUUUUUUGAUACAGAACAUGUUAUUACUCUACAUAAUCAUUUUCCUCUUAGUUGUUUUCGUCGUUGUCGUGCAUAUGAAAUCAAUAUCACACUAGCACAUUUACAACAUUACAGAAAAGGUUGCGUUAAGGCAUUGCAAAAAUCGUGUCAAACUGAACAUAGACUUAAUAGAAUUCGAGAUACAACGAUAUGGAGAUAUAAAAACGAUCUCAUUCAACGAACAUCUUUAACAUUGAAAAAAUUAAAUUUUCUUAUUUGA